CCGUGCUGCUUUCAUUCUAACCGUGUUGCUUGAAUGAAGUUAAUUCUUUCGGUUAUUUUAUAAUGUGGGACGCGAAGUGUCGCUUGUGCCUGUGUUUAGUAGAUAAACAGACGGGAUUUUCCUGUUCACUAAAAGAUAAUGCUUUCCGCACCAUGAUAAAAACCGUAUUUCCUUUUCUGGUUUUGGAAUCUCAUACGGUCGACAACAAAGCCUACGAUUUGCCCGUCUUGGUAUGCUACAUAUGUGCUACCACUGUUCACAAAUUCUAUAGAUUCAGUAGAUUGGUAGAAACUAAUCAAAAUACGCUGCAGACAAAAUGCUCUGGCAAGAAUGUUCGUUCGUCCUUCGAAGAGCUUGUACAUUACAUCAAAGCAGAUCCAGGAGUUGAAACAGAAGCAUCGGAUGAUAAUAAUCCAGAAUCUUCAAUGAUGUAUUCGGAUACUGAUAGAAGAGGAAACGAAAACGAACUGAACCGACUUGCGAUGGAAACGUUGGAAAAUGGCUCUGUCACUCCGCUAAGUCUGCAUAACCAUAUUACAGAUCAUGCCUAUAUGCGAAAACCCCAGUCAGACGAACCGCCUUCUUGUGUUGACAAAGAAGAGGUUGUUAAAAGCAUCGCUAAAAUGGAAAAACGUGUAGGUUUGGUCACGGCAAAACUCAAUAAGCUGCUGGGAAACAUGCAUAGAACCAAAAUGAAGAGAAACCAAUCCCGCAAUGUUACCCUCGAGUUCAGUCCUAUCACGCAAGAGGAGGAACUAAUAAGUUUAAACAAUCGGUUGGCUGAAAACGAUUUCUUCGAACAAUUUCUGGAUUGGUUGGAUGCUAACAUCGGUUCUAUUGAAAGCGAAAAUCGAAUGCACGAAACAAUAGAUUUACUAUUUUCUAAGACCUUUAUGCCCAAAUGUAGUUGGACGGGGGCAGGACAGGAAGGGCCGAAAGUGGCACUGGGAAGUUACGAAAAUGUGAUGAAAGUUUUUGAACUGAUCGGGUGCACGCAGAUUCACAGGAUUGAUGAUCAUUACGUUAGGCGAUUUUUAACGAGAAAAUUGAAAAACGCCAAGCUAAGAGUUAAUUUGAAAAGUAGUUCGCGUACGAGGUGUCGCCUUAGAUACCGACCUGAGUAAGAUGCGCAGGAUGAAUACGUGUCUUGUUCAGCAGGCUUGAUUGUAAAUGGUAAUCUUGAUAAGCUUUCAUAUUAAUCGUUAAUAUGAUAUGAUGUUCACAUUUUGAGGAAAAUCGGCAAUGAAAAGGAUAUGAGGAUAAAAUUGUGAAAAAUGAAAAGUGCGUACAAUAUACAGCCGCUAACACGUUGUACUGUCGUUCGUGCCAUGAUCACCGUCGUUUGUUACGGCGAAUCGAAAACGAAUCGAAUAUGAUUUGCAGGAACGACAGUACAAGGUGGUAACGAUUGUAAAUAUAAACUUAAGAAAAAUUUCGGAAAAUAAUGCCUAAUAAUAAAUGAUAAA